AGUAUCUUCUACAGAUUUUAUUCUUUCAUCUUUUUCAAUAACGUCAUUCUAAAUUUAAUCGAAUUUUUAUGGUAUAGUGACUAUAAUUUUUUUACUAGUGUCAGUUAAUUCAGCAAUUUAUUAUUAUAGAGAUUCAGGAAUGACAGGCGUAAUGCAAGUUAAUUUAUGUAUAACAUCCUCUAGAUUUAAAAUUCUUUUUUCUAGUUCAAACAAUUUAUCAUUGCUAUUUUGCUACAAUUGCUGCAUGUCUAAUUUAUUGACAACAGACCACAUUUAUUUAAAAGCAAGAUCAAAAAUUUCAAAUGUAACAUAUUAAUCAGGACAAAUUGUUCUUAGUUAUUCAAUUAAUAAUGAUCCAUCUGAAGAAUGAAUUCUUUUUGUAUUUUUCUUUUAGCUCAUAAAUAUGAUUAAUAAUUUUU